AAAGAGAAAAGGCACUGCCGGUGGCAACCGAGAGGAAAGAGAGGUUGCUGCAGUAGACGGUGCUGCAGAAUGUGUGCGUGAAGGAGCCCUGAGCCCCGCCGGAGUCUCCAGCCCGCUCAGUCUUCAUUAACUGUCUCCAGCAGGCGAACCAGAUGCCCUAACCAGGCGGGUGGCACCCUGGAUCUAAAACUGUGAACUCCCCCCCGUGGAAAAUGGUAAACAAAGACAUGAAUGGAUUUCCAGUCAAGAAGUGCUCAGCGUUCCAAUUUUUUAAGAAGCGGGUACGAAGAUGGAUCAAGAGCCCAAUGGUCAGCGUAGACAAGCAUCAAAGUCCUGGCCUGAAGUACACAGGCUCCUCCAUGGUGCAUAUCCCACCUGGGGAGUCCCACUUUGAGCCUUCCCUAUAUCAGACAUGCUUGGGAGACCAUGACUUCCACAGAGGAAUGCUCCCUCAGGAGAAGGAGUCUUGUUCAUGGGAAACUCAAUCUGGGUGUGAAGUGAAAGAACCAUGUAAUCAUGCCAGCAUCCUGACCAAGCCUGAUCCAAGAACCUACUGGACUACUGAUGAUUCAGCUUUCAUGAAACAGAGGAGGAUGGGGCUGAACGACUUUAUUCAGAAGAUUGCCAACAACUCCUAUGCCUGCAAACACCCUGAAGUUCAGUCCAUUUUGAAAAUCUCCCCACCGCAGGAGCCUGAGCUUAUGAAUGCCAACCCUUCUCCUCCACCGAGUCCUUCUCAACAAAUCAACCUUGGCCCAUCAUCCAAUCCUCAUGCUAAACCAUCCGACUUUCACUUCUUGAAAGUGAUUGGGAAAGGCAGUUUUGGAAAGGUUCUUCUGGCAAGACACAAAGCAGAAGAAGCAUUCUAUGCUGUUAAAGUUUUGCAGAAGAAAGCUAUCCUAAAAAAGAAAGAGGAAAAGCAUAUUAUGUCGGAGCGGAAUGUUCUGCUGAAGAAUGUGAAACACCCUUUCCUGGUGGGACUUCACUUCUCUUUCCAGACUGCUGACAAAUUGUAUUUUGUCCUCGACUACAUUAAUGGUGGCGAGUUGUUCUACCAUCUCCAGAGGGAGCGCUGCUUCCUGGAACCACGGGCCCGCUUCUAUGCUGCUGAAAUAGCCAGUGCCUUGGGUUACCUGCACUCCCUGAACAUUGUUUAUAGAGACUUAAAGCCAGAGAAUAUUUUGCUGGAUUCCCAGGGACACAUUGUCCUGACUGACUUCGGACUCUGUAAGGAAAACAUCGAACACAACGGCACAACAUCCACCUUCUGCGGCACGCCUGAGUACCUUGCACCUGAGGUGCUUCAUAAGCAGCCUUAUGACAGGACCGUGGACUGGUGGUGCCUGGGUGCCGUUUUAUAUGAGAUGCUCUACGGCCUGCCUCCAUUUUACAGUCGAAAUACUGCUGAAAUGUAUGACAACAUUUUAAACAAGCCUCUCCAGUUGAAGCCAAAUAUUACAAACUCUGCAAGACACCUCCUGGAGGGCCUCCUGCAGAAGGACAGGACAAAGAGACUGGGUGCCAAGGACGACUUUAUGGAGAUUAAGAGUCACGUCUUCUUUUCCCUAAUUAACUGGGACGAUCUCAUUAAUAAGAAGAUUACUCCUCCCUUUAACCCAAAUGUGAGCGGCCCCAGCGACCUGCGGCACUUUGACCCAGAGUUUACCGAGGAGCCAGUCCCCAACUCCAUCGGCCGGUCCCCCGACAGCAUCCUCCUCACCGCCAGUGUCAAGGAAGCCGCGGAGGCCUUCCUGGGCUUCUCCUACGCCCCGCCUGUGGACUCCUUCCUCUGAACAGUCUGGGGCAUGGUUGCAAAGGAUUUUGUGUGUGUGUUCAGAUAUUUGAGUUAGCGUUCAUGGCGGAGCUGCCAGCUGACAGGACAUCUUACGAGAGAAUUUGCACAUCUCUGGAAGCUUGCACAUUUUGGCAAUCUUAAUUGCGCACUGUUUGCUGGAAGCUUUUUCGAAGAGCACAUCUUCCUCAGUGAGCUCACGAGGUUUUCAUUUUUCUUCUUCCUUCCAACGUGGUGCUAUCUCUGGAAUGAGCAUCCAUCCGAGGGCCGCCUUAGACAGAUGCAGUGGUCUUGUUAGGAGAUGCUGCUUGGAGAAAGAUCUUCUGAAAGGUCUGUCUGGGCCGUGAUAAAGAAUCUUAUGAAAUGUGCCUUUUCUGAUGAGAUCAUGUUAGCUCCAAAGCUUUAUCCUCUAUUGCAGAGUGUUUGUUUCAGUUCUUUAUUUUCCCUUGUGAACUUGGUGUGUAAACAGCGGUAUGAGUGCAGUGGCCUGAUCACUGAUGGAUUUCCAUAUGAGCAUCAAUGUGACGCUUGCGGGGACACUACAAUGUGCGACAUUGUUUGUUUCUUCCAUAUUUGGAAGAUAAAUUUAUGUGUAGACUGUUUUCUGUUUUUUUGUAAGAUAUAGUUAACUAAAAUUUAUUGAAAUGGUCUUGCAAUGACUAGUAUCCAGAUGCUUAAAGAAAGCAUUGCUGCUACAAAUAUUUCUAUUUUUAGAAAGGGUUUUUAUGGACCAAUGCCCCAGUUGUCAGUCAAAGUCUGGUGUUUUCAUUGUUUAAAAUGUCACCUGUAAAUGGGCAUUAUUUAUGGGGUUGUUUUUUUUUUUUUUUUGCAUUCCUGAUAAUUAUAUGUAUGAUAUAAAGGAAGUCUGUACAUUGGGUUAUAACACUAGUAUAUUUAAACUUACAGGCUAAAUUUGUAAUGUAAACCACCAAUUUAAUGUACUGUAAUUAACAUAGAUAUAAUAUGUACAAUACCCCCUUCCUACCACACAACUUUUUUUGUGUGCGAUAAACCAAUUUUGGUUUGCAAUAAAACCUUGAAAAAUA